AUGGCAUCCCGCGCGCGAUCGAGCUCCGCGACCGGGGCGCGCGAGAAGACGUAUUUCGAGCAGCAGCGCGAGGCGCUCAUCGGCGAGAUUGCCAUGAGCUUCGAGCACGUGCUCGCCAACAUCAACAAGCUGAACCGGUCGCUGGAGGCCGUCAUUGCGGUCGGCAACGAGUUCUCCUCGGUCGAGGCGCUCUGGUCGCAGUUUGAGAACGUCAUGGCCAGGGAUCCGGAGGAGGGCAAGACGGAGAACGAGGGCGAGGGUGAAGGUGAUCGGUCAAAGAACGAGUCACCAUGA